GUGCUCAUGGGAACGGAACCAGGGCAGGACCAGGUUGGUUGCGGCACACAUUGGUGGAGUCCACAGUGUAGCAUAGCCUGCUAGCAAGCAUUUCAUUGAAUGAAAUCUCUCCAUUUGUUUGUUUGAUCGAACUACCGUUACACAUUUCUGGUGUCAAGUGAAUCUUCUGUCAUCGCAGAGUCAACGUCGGAUUUGAAAGAUGGCAGACACAGAGCACCAAACCCCUCCUCCUCCUCCCCCUCCUCAGGCAGGGCCAGUGCAAUUCCUGUUGGCUAACAAGUUGGAAACUGCAAUGUGGAUGUCUCGACUCUUCACAGUGUACUGCUCUAUCAUGUUUAUUCUCCCUAUCAUGGGUCCGUACGCUGCCACAAAUUUCUACCAGCGUGCCCUGUUGGCCAAUGCGCUGACCAGCGCCCUGCGGCUGCACCAGAGACUGCCUCGCUUCCAGCUGAGCCGAGCCUUCCUGGCCCAGGCCCUGCAGGAGGACAGCUGCCACUACCUGCUCUAUUCGCUCAUCCUGGUCAACUCCUACCCCAUCACCAUGAGCAUAUUCCCCAUCUUCCUCUUCUCCUUGCUCCAUGCUACUACUUACACUACAAAGGUCCUUGAUGCAGUGGGAUCCAACAGCCUCAUGUUUGUGAGGAAUUUCCUCAAUAAGCUUACUGCUAAUCAGCAGAACAUUCUUAAGUUCAUUGCCUGCAAUGAGAUCUUCCUCAUGCCCGCAACGGUCUUCAUGCUUUUCAGUGGACAGGGAAGCAUUCUGCAGCCAUUCAUAUACUACCGAUUUCUCACGCUCCGGUAUUCUUCCAGACGGAACCCAUACUGCCGCACCUUGUUCACGGAGCUGCGCAUGCUUCUGGAGCACUUCAUCAUGAAGCCCACCUGCCCUGCCUUCUUCAGACGGAUGUGCCUCAACAGCAUCGCCUUCAUCAGCCGCCUGGCCCCUACUGGCGUCUAACCUGACCUCUCAUCUCACCCGCCCUUACCCCCGCCCGCUCCACUCACUCACUCACACACACACACACACUCCCACUCAUACAAACACAGCCCCCUGCAGCGGGAGGAAGGGAUGUACCACCUAAGAGACUGACGUUAAGCAGACUCUAGAUGAAUGUUUUGGAGGGUGUCACAGCUGCUCCCGUCAACCAUCUUGCUCUUCAUCUGCUUCCCCCUUUUGAGCUUUUGCUGCACUGGACACAACAGCUGGAUUUUAAUACCUGGAUGACUGACCUUUCCUUUUUAACCAUGCACUGUGGGGAAACUACGCUGUAGGGUACACCCAACGAUUAUGGUUACUAUAUGUACUGUGGGGCACUGUAGGAUUUUUUUUUUGUCACCCAUGGUGGAACAGCUUUUGGUCUGUCACCUUCAGGAUGUAUUUAUUUGUGGUUCAUAUUUUUUUCCUCUUCAGAGCUGGAUUAAAUUGAGAUUACUUAUUUAUGAUGGAAUUAUUAAGGUUCAUGAUUCUUGAGUGAGAUUACAUUGUACUUUUGUCAGAGGUGGGAUUAGUGUCUGGGUACUGUCGAGUCAAAGCAUUGGAUUAUAUGAAUCUAAUCCAUUUUUAUACUUAAUUUCCUGUGAAACAGCUUUCUUGUUUGGUAUGUGCUGGUGUUGUCUUAAAUCGCUUUUCCUAUCCAAAUUAAAAUGUGAACUUUGAUGAUACAAUCUGUAUUAACAAUUAGUCUGGGAGAAUCUCAGUCUUCUUCAUUUGAAAGAAGCCAGAUUUUAUGUGCCGUUAUUAUUUAAUACUUUUUCAAAUGUUACCUUAACAAUUGCUAACUUUAAUAUGCUUCUAUUUCCCUAAACUGGGUCAAAGAUUUAGUGUUCAUGUACAGACAAAUUGCUUUUGUCAGAUUGGCCAUGUGUACUCUGGAACUGCAUUGCAUCUUCUGUGGGGUGACAUUGGGUUCUUACAUCAAAAGUUGAUUCUCAUAGUUCACUGAAAUGUUAAGGCAUGCUGUCAUUUUAGUCCAUUUGUUUUAUUAGUUGUUUGUGUAGCCGAAUGAACUCAAUCUAGUACAUGAACAAAAAACUUAAUAAAACCUUAAUUCACAA